UACAACACAAUAAUAGAAAGCAGUUAGAGAAAGUAGAAAGAUCCCAAACCUGACAAACCAGCCAGAGUCAGACUACUUUUGUUUCUUUUUUCAUGUCGUCCAGCUUAGCUUUGCUUGCCUGUAACUUGUCUUUUCCUUCUCAUAAUUCUUGAAUCUUGAGACUCUUCACAUCAAGACCACAAAUUUUGUCUUCGUGAAAAAACAAGAACAGGGUCAUCUGUUUUAACUGUUUGAUGAAAGGAAGCAGAAACUGUAAAUUUUAAGAAUCAAAAUCAAAAUGAGACCUGUUCUCUAAACCUUAUUAUAUUUCAUCUUCUGCAAUGCCAUUAAUUAGCUUAGCUCUAACAACCAUCCGGCUUCCCUAUAAAGAAGCCGUGGUCCUGGUACCAUCUCUUACAAUAUCUCUCAAAUCCACCACAUAUCAGAGUUUUUCAUCAAAAUCAAAGCUGAGAAAACCCUUCAAAACUACCAGCUUUUGCUGCUUUUGCAAAAACCAACAAAGUUCUAACUCUCUUCUUGUUAAUUCCGCUUCUGGAUUUUCUCGUUCGAAGGGAAUGGUGAUGGUUUUUGAAAAUUUUAUCGUUGGUACGUUUUUGGUUUCUCUUUUUGGCUUUGUUUUUCUUUUCAUUUUGCGGCGUAAGAACAAUAGGAAGAGGAAAAUCGAGAAAGGUUCUAGGGAAUUUAAGAUCCAAACCGACGCUGUUAACAGCACCGACAUAGGACAAUGCUCGCCGGAAAAUGGUUUCGGCGAUGACGUCAUCAUUGUCGGUGCCGGUGUUGCUGGUGCUGCUCUUGCUCAUACUCUUGGCAAGGAUGGAAGGCGUGUUCAUGUGAUAGAAAGAGAUUUGACAGAACCAGACAGAAUUGUUGGGGAACUGCUGCAGCCCGGAGGAUACCUUAAAUUAGUUGAAUUGGGCCUUGAAGAUUGCGUGGAGGAAAUCGAUGCCCAGCGAGUGCUUGGGUAUGCUCUCUUCAAGGAUGGGAGAAAUAGUAGAUUGUCAUAUCCCUUGGACAAAUUUCAUUCAGAUGUUGCUGGGAGGAGCUUCCAUAACGGGCGUUUCAUACAGAAGAUGAGAGAAAAAGCUGUCACCCUUCCCAAUGUACAGCUAGAACAAGGAACAGUAACAUCUCUGCUUGAAGAAAAUGGGACCAUUAGAGGGGUGCAAUACAAAACUAAGGAUGGUCAAGAACUAAGAGCUUAUGCUCCUCUUACGAUUGUAUGUGAUGGUUGCUUUUCAAACCUACGCCGCUGUCUUUGCAAACCAAAGGUGGAUGUGCCCUCUUGUUUUGUGGGUUUGGUCUUAGAGAACUGUGAACUCCCAUUUUCAAAUUAUGGGCAUGUUAUCCUAGCAGAUCCUUCACCCAUCUUGUUUUAUCCAAUCAGUAGCACAGAGGUUCGCUGCUUGGUCGAUGUACCUGGGAAGAAAGUACCUUCCGUUGCUAAUGGGGAAAUGGCAAAUUAUUUAAAGACCAUGGUGGCACCACAGGUCCCACCUGAGCUUCAUGAUGCCUUCAUAGCUGCUGUUGACAAAGGUAAUAUUAGAACCAUGCCAAAUAGAAGCAUGCCAGCUGAUCCUCAUCCGACUCCUGGAGCACUUCUAAUGGGUGAUGCUUUCAACAUGCGCCAUCCCUUAACUGGUGGAGGAAUGACCGUAGCAUUGUCUGAUAUUGUUGUACUUCGGGAUCUUCUUAGGCCUCUGCAUGACCUUCAUGAUGCAGCUUCCCUGACCAAGUAUCUUGAAUCAUUUUACAUAUUACGCAUGCCUGUGGCAUCUACAAUAAAUACUCUCGCUGGUGCCCUAUAUAAGGUGUUUUCUGCUUCCCCUGAUCAAGCAAGGGAGGAAAUGCGCCAAGCCUGUUUUGACUAUUUAAGCCUUGGAGGUGUUUUUUCAACAGGACCAGUGGCUUUACUCUCUGGUCUAAACCCUCGACCAUUGAGUCUAGUUCUUCAUUUCUUUGCUGUGGCAAUUUAUGGAGUUGGUCGCCUGCUCCUACCAUUUCCUUCACUUCAACGCAUGUGUAUUGGAGCUAGGUUAAUUUCGAGUGCAUCAGGUAUUAUUUUCCCCAUAAUCAAGGCAGAGGGAUUGAGGCAGAUGUUCUUCCCUGCCACAGUUCCUGCAGUAUAUAGAGCUCCUCCAGUCGGGUGAUAUGCCCCAUCAUGGUAGCUUCAGCUUUUUAGCACCCAAGAUAAAAAGCUUGAACUAACUCCUCUUUGCUUAGACUGGUGAACUGAUGAGUGCACGUUAUGUUACAUGUAUACCAAGGACAUUGUACAACCGUGCUAGAUUAGAGACAACUAGGAACUGUUCUUUCAUUGUAUGAACAAAAUUCUCGCAAACAGAAACACUUAAACAGAAAAAUUCUUUAUUCCUGUUAUAUGACAUUGUCGAUAAAAAGAUUCAGCAUGUUGACUAAAUAGAUUUCAGCAAUCAGAACAUUGACGGGAGA